CACAAUAUGCUAAUAUUUUGAGAAGGACCUGUAUUUCUGAAUGUUCCUUUUUGCCUAAAUUGUAUUUACAAACUGAUAGAGGUGUACUUAGUAGUUCUCUGCACUUUGUGUGAUCAACCGCAGCCUCACUAUUUCAUACUAGUGUGUUUUAUAGAAUAGCAGAUUUUAUAAUAUGUAUGUUCAAGACAUUUUUUACUUGUUUCUCAAUAGUUGCAUUAAAAAUUCAUCUUCAACCUCAGUUUUGUCUAAUUUAGUAAUAAUAAUAAUAGAUUUUAUUUUAAAUACAUUGUCACACUAUUGGCUCGUUGCACGAUGUGGCUACAAAACGUCCGCUAAUCGGAAGUUGUGAGGGCGAGUACUUCCUGUUCGGUUGUUCACCACCUAAAGCAAUGGUGCUGUACUACACCCGCUGCCUUCAGGACCUCCCAAAAGUUUCAGUCAACGAUGUUCUCCGCUUGAUUCAAGCCUCAUCAUCAGCACCACGUUGCAAAAAAGUAAAGGGCUUCAAGUUUUACGUGUCGAAUUACAUUGACAACUAUGAAGGUAAGCAUUAAACACAUUCAGUCACUGUUCAGCUAACUAGCUUUAGGUCGUAUCUACUUUACAACUUUUUUUUCUACUUUAAAACUAAUGCGUUAUCGCUUUCUGCAAUUAUAUGAAGUCUGUUUUAACCUAACCUCGAAGUCGUAGUUUCAGAUUUCUACCCUGUUACCCUCUUUUAUUGUCUUCACCACAGUGUCCAACAAAGACUCAUCAGGACGGUUUAUUACAGAUCCAUGCAAAGCACGAUAAGCCUCAUGAACUCAGAGUAGGGUGAAACAAUAACAAGAAAUGUUGUCUGUUCCACAAAAACAGGAGUACAUUUUGGGGUUCUUAUGUCACUGAUGUGUAAGUUAAGUAGUAAGUAUUUCUAGCUGUUUGGAAAAGUGAUUGAUUAGGUGCAUACAUCUAGCUUUGGCUUUAGCGUUAGCUUGCAUGAGAACCUCAUAAUCUAGUCUCUAAUGGCUUCAGUUCUUUGUUUGGCUGUAAGUUCAACCUCAUUUCAAAUUGUUAAUGCAAUGGCCAGUUCUUUCUGCUUUUUGGCUAUUUUUCUGUUUAUAGACUGAACACAGUACAGGUUCCUGUAAGAGUGAUUGCUGUUGUUUUCUUCCGUGUUUGGUUGGCAAACAGCGUGAUGGAUUCCAGCGUAUGCAGUUUAUUUGAGUCACAGAUAUAUUAGAGACGCAGGGAAAUGAUACUCUGUGAACAAUGUUUUUUUCUUAUCACAUAAUUAUUACUCAUUUAAUGUGCAAUGACACUCAUAAAUAAUCAAAAUUGCACUUUGCUGAAAAUACAGUUUGGAAUAGCAAAUGUAAACCCAGAGUACAAAUCAAAAUACAAUUAAGUUCACAAAAAAACAGCCAACACUCUGAAAACCUGUAUUUUGUUCUAAAAUAACCAAGUAACACCUUUAUAGCUAUUGCUGACUUUUUAUUUUGUGUUUAGAUGAAGUUUGAAGACUGCUAUCCUGUACAAAUCGCCGAAGUGGAGUGUUCCUGUGCAGCUGGUACUGUGUUGUGCAAUCACAGUGUUGCACUACUGUACCAGACCGCACACUACUCUGCUCUGAAUCUGACUGCCGUGCCGCCUAUACUAAGCUGUACUGAAUCGGAACAGAGCUGGCACAAACCAAGGACCAUGGGUGUGAAACCAGGACGUGUACGCGACAUGGUUUUUGUCUCCGCACGACAAAACAGCGCACAGUUGGAAAUGGAGUAAGGAGCAAAAGAUAUAAGGCAGUGCGGGGAGACAUGCCGGACCCUGAUGUCCUCAGAGUGGCAGAGGUUUAUGAGGACUUUGCAGCAGACCUUGCUCCUCUGAUUACCACCAUGGCCAUCAGUGCUGAUGUCCCACUAGUUGACUCAGCCUUUGGAAAAGUCCAGGAAGGCAGACCUAUCGUUUUCCAGCAUCCACCACCAGUCAGCCGAAUUAUCAUUCGCCACGUGGAUGUCCCUCCUCCAAUGCCAUCGCCAUGGGACAAUUACCAUCUUGAGACCACCUCUGUCCAGUUUGUCUGCACCCACCAGCAGCAACUAGAACUGGAGUGUCUUGCAACAACGCUGGAACACUCCCGUCAAAUUGAAAUUGCUACCAGGGAGCAGAGCACAACAGCUGAAUGGCAUAAUGUCAGGAAACCCCGAGUAACUUCCUCUCGGUUCCGGGAAGUGUGUCAUGUAAAAGGGUCCAGUUCUGCUCUGAGUUUAGCACAGCGAAGCAAGAAGGGAAUAGCAGCCAUGGUGGCUAUAAAGAGAGGCCUUGUACUAGAACCAUUGGCUAUUCAACAAUACACCAGAAUCAAGAACACCAACUAUUGGCCUUGCGGCUUCAUCAUUCAUCCCGAUGCUCCAUGGUUGGGAUCCUCUCUGGAUGGUGUAGUUUUUGAGAGACCAAGCUUUGGUUUAUUGGAGAUCAAAUGUCCCAAUGCUAAAAGUUAUGUUGAUUGUAAGUACUUAAGAAAAUGUAAUGGCACAAUGAAACUUUGGUCAAGUCACUGUUACUACUGGCAGGUGCAGGGGCAGCUCCAGAUUACAGGCAUGGAGUGGUGCGAUUUUGUAGUCUAUGCAGAGGAUGACAUUGUUGUCCAGCACAUUUAUAGGGACCUUAGUGUGUGUCAGACAAUCAGAGAAAAGGUUGAUCAUUUCUUCUUUUAUGUUUACUUUUCCAGUACAUAGAUUAUUUUGUAUCGGCACGUGGAUGCCCCUCCUCCACUACCAUAGCAUCAACAUCAAUCAUCCCAUGAAUUUUGUUCCAACAGUAAUUUAUUAAUGGUUAUCUUUUCAACUGUUUUCCACCUGUUAACUAUAAGCAAUGUUAAUUGAGAAGUGUUUGAGGUUUUAAAGAGCCAAUGAAAAGCUCUUAAAAACAUCUCUUAUUCAAAAUGCAAGUUUAAACAGAUCAAAGAAAAUAAACUGAUAUGAAAAUAAA